AUGGCGCAGAACUUGUAUGGCCCCCGAGUCCGGAUGGGCAACUGGAACGAGGACGUCUACCUGGAGGAGGAGAUCAUGAAAGACUUCUUAGAGAAGAGAGAUCAAGGGAAACUUCUCAUUCAGAAGAACAGAAAACUAAAAAAGAACCUUUUAAGACCGAUGCAGCUGUCCAUUACUGAAGAUGGGUACAUUCAUUACGGUGACAAGGUGAUGCUGAUGAACCCUGACCACCCGGCUCUGGAGGAAGCGGGCAUGUUUCAGCGCGGAGACUUGAGCUUGUGUAUGGCUCCCGAUGAGAUUAAGGUCCAGCUGAAUGACGACUUUCAGGUCCCCUGCGAUGUCACUGCCGUGGAAGCCAGGCAACCUGUCGGCAGAAACACCUUUGUGGUUUUGAGUGCAGGCAAAGAUGCCACCGGCCAAGUGGUAAGAUACGGGCAGGACUUCUGUCUUGGAUUAACAGGAGGAUUUGAAGACAAAAUGCUGUAUCUGUCCAGUGACCACAAGACCCUUCUGAAAUCGUCUAAGAAGUCCUGGCUCCAGGAAGUGUACCUGACUAACGAGGUCUCCCACCUAAACCGCUGGCAGGCCGCUUUCCUCGAGCCUCAGCUGCGCCUGGAAUUCGAAGGCUUCCCUGUCCAUGCAAAUGAAAAACUGGUCAUCUACCACCGCUAUACGAAUCGGGCACUGGUAGCCCAUCGACACCUGUUCUUAAGGACCUACUUUGGCAAAGAAGUUGAGAUUGCAGCUCACACAUAUCUGGAUUCACAGAGAGUCGAAAAGCCGAAGAACAUAUGGAUAUUUGUUACUGGGAACCCCAGGGAUGAAUCGGCCACCAUGCUGGAUAUGGCCAAGCCCAGGGCUGAGGACACUCGCGCCAUAGAGAAGGCCAUGGGCCUUGACACGUAG